AUGGCCGCGCACUUCUGGAAGGCGGUGGUCGCCGCCGCCCUGCUGCAGGUCGCCUUCUCGCCGGCCCACUCCGCGCCGCAAGGACUGACCGGCGGCGGCGUGUCCGUGUCGGUGAGCACGGACAGCCAGGGCAACACCCACGAGAGCGUGCAGCACCUGACCGCGCAGCAGGCCCAGCAGCAGUUCCUGGAGAACCAGCAGCGCCUGCAGGCCCUCUUCGCCGCCACCAACCCCUUCAACUUCAACUUCGGCGCCUUCAGCCCCUGGCUCAUCCCGCCCAUCAACUUCGCCUUCCCCUUCGGCUUCCCGUUCGGCUCGCUGCCGCUGCCCGCCUUCGCCUACCUGCCCGCCGCCCUCGCCGCCAACGCCAACAACAUCGUGGCCUCGGCCAACCAGGCCGCCGUCAACGGCGCGCAGCGCGCCAAGUCCACGGUGGACGCCGUCGUCAGCCAGACGCAGAAGGCCGUCAAGGACGCGAUCCACGCCGCCGAGGCCUAG